AUAGCAGUUUUGUUUUGAAAUAUUAUAGCAGUAUAUAUUAGUAUAAGUCAGUUGUAAAUUAUCUUAAUAUGUAACAUAAACAUUAAAUGGACACAAACUAUUUUUCUGCAUCAAAGCACCACAAAUGAAUGAUAAUAAUUUGGUUUAAUUGUUGGUUUGAGUUUAAUGCACUGUGACGUCACUCUCAGCUAUAGACUUACACUGAAAUAUAUUCAUUAUAAUAUUUCAAAAACUGAACCAGCACAGAUGGCUCUUUUUACAAUUUAAUUUAUUUGUUUUUUACCCAAAGUGCCUUGGUAGUUCAGUUUUGAUCCCUGGAGAAUAAACACUGUAAAGGUCCAUGUAUUAAAAUUAGUAUAAAAAAAAAGCUUGGCUUAAUGAAAAAAAAUAAAAGAAUUUAAAAUGAAUAAUAAGCAAACAAAAUACAAUGCGUUUGGAGAAAUUAAAUAUGACAUUUAAAAUGUAGGCUACAUGAAUAAUAACUGUUUAAACCAUGCAAAGUGAGUUUUAAACAAACAUUAAGUACAGCUCUAAAUCUAAAUGACUAAAACUAAAGCAGCAACGAAACAAAUCUAAUGGAAACUAAAGAAAUUAAACUAGUUUUGAAAAUCAUGUUUAUAACUACUGGCUAGUAAUAUUUCUUGGAGAAAGAGAUUCAUCAAAACCUUUGCAAAAGCAUCCGAAAAACGUGAUCAGGAGCUGUUCAGGAUGCUCACAGUGCACAUUUCCUCCGACAGGUCUCAUUCUAUUAACCGCAGCUCUCAGUAUCGAUUCUCGGUAUCGGUUCGGUAUCGGUUCAUUAUCGAGAGGACGAUUAAGCAGCUAUAAACCGCACGCGCCGACAGUCCAGUACAGUCUUAAUCAGUGAUGAUGAACUGUGAGCAGGCUGUGCUAAAGAUCUAAUGAAGUGCUUCAGAUCCACAGUGUGAUCAAUAAGCAGGAGACUCGGCACUACAGCACACAGGGUUCAGGCGCACCGGCUACGUGCCAAACCGCAGGCUUCUGAAACAGGAAAUGUCACACUACAGCCACGAGGCAAAGCAGUUUUACUCAAAAAACGCGUACAGUCUGGUACAGUGCUUCCUGACGCAGUGAUGGAUUAAAGAGGGAAAGAGUCGCACGGUGCUGUGCGCCCUGCGCCCUGCGGCUGCGCUCCAAACCGCACACUAUAGUGCACUAAUCCCCUGCUGUGAUCACAGUUUCAACAAAGCCAAGCAGGUUACUGAUUAUUACUAAUGCUUCCUCCAGUUCCACUACUUCCUUUUGUGUUUGAAGGUUUGUCAGAUACUAUUUAAUAACAAUACUAAUUAAAAAAAAAAACAGCAUGUGGAGAGAAGUGCGCCUGCAGGCUGCGGGUUUGGGUGUGUGUGAGCUGUGAGGAACACACAACUACUGUUUUGACAUAAUACAGCAUGUAGUGGGGGGAGUAUGCGGUUUGGGACACAGCCUAUGAAAUACAGCUUUUGAAACACACACACACGUACACGCACACCGACAAACGCACGGGCGCGCGCGCACGAACACACACACACACACACACACACACACACACAGAAACGCGCGCGCACUCACUCAAUCACUCACACACACACAGAAACGCGCGCGCCCGAAGAAGUUCAGGCUACGCGGGAUUUAGCUCAGAGGAGAGCUCUGUGUGAAAUUAAUGUAACGCAUCGUUAUGGAUUUCUACACCCUGUGGAUGCUGGAUGAACUUGAACAGUUUCCGAUAGAUUUUUUUAAUUAAUUAAUUUAAUUUUUGCUGGAGCAAACUCACAGCUUCUUCUCCACUCAGGUUGUGAACACGGAGGUUCAUCAAGAAAACCCUGUGUGUGUUCAGCUGCAGUUUCAGGGAUCAGCUGAUGAAGUGGACUUCAAAAAGGGUUUAGUGACCUUCUCUUGAAGCGUCUGUUUCUCGACGUCAGUCUGGGAGAAAAAAAAGGAACAGGAAGGCUGGAAAACAAGAGUGAAGAUCAAGUCAGGAGAACUAACAACACUGGUGUAAAGGAAACAGCAUGCAUAGUAUAGGGAGGGAGGGUUGAAGUCUCUUCAGCCCUUCUAUUCAGACUGUCCUCACCCUUGAGCCUGGAGCUCUGUGGCCCAGCGAUGAGUGCCACUGCGAUCUUUCAGUCCCACACCACACCCGCCAUAAAGCAGCUGGCAUGGAUAGCAGCGCAAUUGCCUUCUACAUCAGCCUGGAGCUGCUGAUUGCUGCGCUGGCCGUGGCUGGAAACGUGCUGGUGUGCUGGGCCGUCAGCCUCAACAGCAAUCUCCAGAGCAUCACUAACUACUUCGUGGUGUCCCUGGCGGUGGCCGAUGUGGCCGUGGGCCUCCUCGCCAUCCCCUUUGCCAUCGUUAUCAGCACAGGCUUUUGCAGUCACUUCCACGGCUGCCUGUUCAUUGCCUGCUUUGUCCUCGUGCUCACGCAGAGUUCCAUCUUCAGCUUGCUGGCCAUCGCAGUCGACCGCUACAUUGCCAUCAAGAUCCCGCUCAGAUACAACAGCCUGGUGACAAAUCUGCGAGCAAAAGGCAUCAUCUGUCUGUGCUGGAUCUUGUCUGUGAUCAUUGGCCUGACACCGAUGCUCGGCUGGCACAUGAACAGCACCAACUUCACCAACAGCUCGUGUCCCGCUGGCAUGACUGAGUGCCUGUUUGAGAGAGUGGUCACGAUGGACUACAUGGUUUACUUCAACUUCUUCGUCUGUGUCCUCAUGCCGUUGGUGGCCAUGUUGGUAAUCUACGCUCGGAUCUUCAUGGCAGCUCGACGGCAGCUCAGGCAGAUGGAGCACAAGACAUCAUACAGUCAUAGUGAGGGAUCAUCCGCAUCCUCAUCGACUCGCUCGACGCUGCAGAGGGAGGUCCACGCCGCAAAGUCUCUCGCCAUCAUCGUCGGACUGUUCGCUAUCUGUUGGCUUCCUCUGCACAUCAUCAACUGCUUCACAUUGUUCUGUCCGAAAUGCCCACGCCCACCGCUCUGGAUAAUGUACCUCGCCAUUAUUCUCUCACACGCAAACUCAGUGGUGAACCCCUUCAUUUACGCCUACCGCAUCCGAGACUUCAGAUUAACGUUUCGCAGGAUUAUUCGGCAGCAUUUCCUCAGGCGGCAUGACGGGCUGGCCAGCAGCACCACCUCCACCAGGAUUAGUGUCAUCGAGUCAUCCUUCACCAAUAUGACUAAUGGCAAAGUGAACGACUGCAGUCCUGGGAAAAGUAAUAAAAUUGUAAAGGAAAUUCAUUGCACAGAUAGACACUGGAACUCAUGCUCAGAUCUAGAGUGCACUGUUCCUGCCCGACUUCCUGAUCAGAUUAUCAAUGAAAUUCCUUCAGAAAUCAUGCUGGUGAAGGACUGCUGUGUUAUCACCAAUGUCAAUCUUAGCUCCAUAUCCACAAGGACAAAACAUGUGGUGGAGCUCACAGAGGUCUCAUGAAGCAUGACAUUAGCCAAGUUAAACAAACAUAUAGCCUCGACACAUCCGAGGCCUGAUUCUCGCUACUGUCUGGAGCCAGAUAAGCCUUGGGUUAUGUGUACCUACAUUUGUGUGGGAACCGGAUGAACAUGGCUGUUAAAUUGUGACACAUCAUUUGUGUCGGGUUUAUCGGAUGGAUUUCCCACAUCGCUCGCAAUUACAGUGCUUUCAAGGUUGUCAGUUCUCUAACAGAAGCUAUGCUCCAAUUAAUCCAUACAAAAAGCCCAAAUUUAUUGACAAACACAUAGUCUAUUUAUUUAACCAUGACAUUUUUAAUAGUUUGGGAGCUCAGAUGCACAUUCAGCUAUGCUAUGGACAGUGACUGUGGAACUUUUAUGAGAGGGGAAGAACUCAUCUCUAAGAGCUUGAAGAGUCAUAACCUAUGUUCACACUAGCAAGUGACAAAGCGACAAGUGGUCAUUCAUUUCCUAUGUAUAUGUGCAACACAGAGCACAAUUAAACUGAGAUUUUUCUAAUGCAUAUUAGGUAUGACGCUGUAAAGCGACAAAUCCAAAAGAUUGGUCCUAAUGAUUCCGCUGACCAAUCCUGUGGUGAGUGUGGUUCGAUGUUUCUUCACUUCCCCACUCACAACUUUAGUUCCUUUCUGCAAUUAGUUCCCUUUUACUGUUUUACUUGCAAAAAUGGAAGAAAAGCUUCUUUUCAUCUUGUCCUGUCAUGUACAACUUCUCAUUAAAUGUGCAUAGAGACAUUAUUAAGAAAUAUAAAGCUUGGAAGGAAGUAGCAUUGUUGGUACCUCUGGCAAGAGAAGUGUAAAACAAACAUUACUUGCAAAUCAAACUUAAACACAUCAACAAGGGACAAACUAUAAGCGACACAAGCGACUUGUCACCUGCUAGUGUGGUUAGCUAAGACUUGAGAAAUGUUAGUGAGGAGACGUAUGUGGUACGAAACGUGGCGGUGUAUGAACUCAGCCACAAGAAGCAAUAGGAAAGCAUUUAUAGGAAAUUAACAAGGCAGAAGGUGGGGCUUCAGAUGAGGUAUUUCUCUCAAACUUCCUAACUCCAUUUUGUACCAGUGUGCAUGUUGUGAGGUUUAUACAGUAAAGGUGCAUUCAAAAAGAAAUUCAGGAAGUGUUACCAUUAAAUUAGGUAACAAUGAGGUCAAUCUGACUUUUAAGAUUACACUCCAUUGAGCAUCAGUAUAAUGGCCAGUAUAAAUGCAGUAUAUAUAGGUAGAUAGAUAGAUAGAGAUAUACUGUUAUACCUAUCUGAGAUUCCUCUACAAGCCCACAUUUUGACUGUGAAACAUUUAGUUAUUUGGUGGUUCUGAAUUUCACCAAAUAAAAAACAAAGCUCA